AUGAGUAGUCCUAACCCUCCACUCCAACCUCCUCCUUUGCCAAAUAAAGCAGAUCCAAUUCCAAUUAACACUAAUAACCACAAAAAUGCCAACAUAACCUCUAACAAUUCCACUGCUGAUCCUAAUCAAAAUAACAGCAAACCUCCAAUUGCCGACAUCAAAAACAACGACAACAACAACACUACUAUCGCUGCUACUGUUCUUGACUCAAAAAAUGAUCCCACCUCAAAAAAUCUCAAAACAGCUCCCCCAAGUUUCGCCUGGGAAAGUAUUGGUAACUGGAAACUAUCAAACUCUAGAACAUUGUCUCCAGAACAAGUUCUAGCUCAAACAAAUGAAAUCCAAAACUACUUUAUCCAAACUUUUUUCUCUGAUUACUACUGGAACACCAUCUUAAUGAUAGGCACUUGUUUCUUUUCCUGGCUAACUGCAAGAAUUGGCCUUGGUAUAUUUUCCCUCGUCUUUGUCCUACUAGCAACUGCCUCGGUUUAUAAGGCUGAAUUCAGAAGAUUCAACAGAAACACCAAAGACGACAUGUUAAGAAGCCAUGUAGCUGACCGUCUAGAAACUGAAAUCGAAACUAUGGAAUGGUUGAAUGAAUUCCUAGCAAAAAUGUGGGUCAUUUACAUGGACACAAUAUCUGAACAAGUCCUAUUAAACGUCAACCCGAUUUUAGCUGGCUCGGCUCCUGGUUUCGGUAUCGACAGUCUCUCCCUAAAUAAAUUCAACUUAGGAACAAAAUCUCCAAAGGUCAAUGGCAUCAAGUCCUACACUAAACUAGGCGAUGAUACCGUCGAAAUGGAUUGGGCCUUCUCCUUUACCCCCACUGAUACUCUAGAUAUGACAGCUGAAGAAGUUCGAAACCAAAUCAAACCGAAAGUAGAACUAGCUGUUGGUGUCGGUAAGGGCUUGAUCUCAAAAAAAAUGCCCAUCUUGGUUGAAAACAUGUCCUUCAAAGGCAGAAUGAAAUUCACAAUCAAACUCGGCUCCAACUCAAUCCCCUUUAUCAAAAUGAUCUACGUCUCCUUCCUAGAACCCCCAGUAUUAGACUAUAGUCUUAAACCCGUUGGUGGCGAUACCUUUGGUCUCGACAUCAUGUCCUUUAUUCCUGGUUUGAAAAAGGCAAUCAACGCAAUUGUUCAUGGUGUCCUAAAGGGCUACUUUUACGCUCCCAAUAGAUUCCCCGUAGAUGUUGAAGCAAUUAUGGCUGCUGUUCCCAAUGACGCUAUUGGUUGCUUGGUUCUCACUCUUCAAGAUGCUCACCUCAAAGAUGGUAAAGCCGUUUACAUGCAAAUCUUCCCCGAAAAUGCAAAAGAAGAGAAAAAAAUCAGAACUGAAAACAAAACUGGCCCAUCCCCAAGAUGGAAUAAAACUUACUACAUCCUAACAAACACUCUAAAUCAAAAAUUGCUAUUCAAUGUUUACAACCAUAUCAAUCUUGCAAGGGACAAAUCUUUAGGUACCGCUGAAUUUGACCUACAAGAAUUAUUACAAGAUGAUUCCAUGGACCAUUUAUCUAUAGAUGUUGAAUCUAACGGCAAAAAGAAAGGCUCCAUCACUUUUUCUGUUGCUUGGUAUCCAGAAUUAAAAGCUGAAAAACCAAAGAAAAAACAACCUGAUGAACCUGUGGAUUACUCCAAAAUGGUCGAUGAAGAAGGUAACUUUGAGGUCGAUAAUUCCGUUCCUGAAAGUGAAGUUGGUAUCUUAAAAUUUUCUGUAUUCCAAGCAAAAGAAUUGGAUGUAUCAAGUUCAAUCGUCGGUCAAUUAUCCCCAUAUGCUAUUUUAUACUUUGAUAAAAAGAAAGUAUUUCAAACUUGGCCAUUAAAGAGAGCAAAUGAACCAUCAUGGGGACAUACUGAGGAAUGGUUAGUUGACUCAAGAUCCACCACAAAGGUUAAAUUAGUCAUUAAAAACCAAACGGAUUUUGUUGAUGAUCCCAUCGUUGCUACUUUUAAAGGUACAUUACAACAAAUUUUGACUCAAAUUGAUGAAGGCAGUAAUGAUUGGUUCAAAUUAUCUCCUCAAGGUUAUGUCCGUUUUGGCGCUCAUUGGAAACCAAUUGGUUUAACUAGUAUUUCAACUACAAUCAAACAUCAACAGCCAAUUGGUGCUUUUAGAAUACACAUUCGUAAUUGCGAAAAAUUAAAGAAUCCUGAAAAAAUUGGUAAACCAGAUCCUUAUGUAUUAGUUAAAAGCAAUGGAAAAAUUAAAUAUAGAACUGUUGCUCAGCCCGAGACUCUCAAACCUUCCUUUGAAGAAGUUGUUUAUAUUUCGGUUGUUAAUGAAAAUCAAUUAAUUGAAUUCGAUGUUAUGGAUGUUGAGAGUUUAGGAAGAGAUCACCCACUUGGUAAAGUUACUUUUACAGCUAACACUUGGUUGCAAAAAGGCCCCUAUGGGACCUAUUUAGGUUAUGAUGGUAGUGAUAAGAUUAACAAAUCUCCAUUAUUCAUCAAAAAGAAAUCAAAGGGUUUUAUUUAUUAUUCUGUUUCAUUUAUUCCUUUCAUUCCCGUUUAUGGUCCAAUCGAGAUCAAAAAAUUAAAAGAAGAAGAAAUGCUUAAAAAAGAAGAAGAAGCAAAAGAACUUGAAAUACAAAAGGAAUUGGAAGAAUUGAUGAAAAAUAACCCAAAUGAAUAUGAAAUUAUUGAAGUUGAAGAUGUUUCAGAAGAGAUUUCUACUGAAAAAAUAAGAAUGGAUUUCAGUGAAUUGGUUUCUCAUAAUUCUGGUAUGUUGGUUAUUUUCUUGAAGGAGUGCAGUAUUGGAAAAUCCAAUUUAUAUCUUUCAGUUUUAUUUGAUGAAAUUGCCUCACCUGCUUUCAUUUCAGGUCCUUCUAAAAAGGGAAUUUUCCAAAUUGAUAUUGGUGAAGGAUUCGUCAGAGAUCUCCAACACUCAAAUAUAGUAUUUAGACUUGCUACUAGUUAUAAUGUUGAUGAUGAAUCUGAAAUAGUCGCUGAACAAUCAUAUCCUACUUUGAAAUUGCUUGAAAGUGGUUAUGAAAAUCCAAUUCCAGUUAGUAUUGGAAAUCAUAAAGUUGACUUUCAAUUUGAGUAUGUGCCAUCAAAAACUCAAUUGUCAGCUUCUGAAUCAAUUCUUGAUACUGGUAGAGUUAAAAUUGAAAUUCUUAAUGGUGAGGAUUUAUUGUCGGCUGAUAGAAACGGUAAAUCUGAUCCAUAUGCAGUUCUUAAAUUUAAUGGUAUUAAGGUAUAUAAAACUGAGGUUAAAAAGAAAACUCUUGAUCCUGUAUGGAAUGAAGAAAUUCAUUUCCCAUUGAUAUCUAGAAGCAGAACAAGGAUUAUUCUUGAAGCAUAUGACUGGGAUCUUGCAGGUGAUGAUGAUGAGCUUGGUUUUUGUUCUGUUGACUUGCAGCAAAUUGAACCAUAUCAAACUACACCUUUAACUCUUCCAUUAACUCUCAAUGGGAAACAAAAGGGUAUAAUUAAUAUUAGAGCAACAUUUUUACCUGAAUAUAUUCGUCAAAAAUUAGAUAGAUCUGGUGGUGGGUUACCUAUUGAUUUAGGUGAUGUUGCUGGUGCCCCAAUCAAACUUGUUACAGGGGUUGCCGGUGUGGCAGCAGGUGGAGUUGGAAAAGUUGCAGAUGGGGUUGGAAAAGUUGGA